GGAGAUUUCCAGAAGCUCCUGGAAAAUCAGGCGGCCGCGAGAAAUCUGUUAUAAGUUAUAAAAUGGUUUAAUUUAAUAAUUUACACAUAGAAUUAGUGCGGGUCCUAUGAAAGUGUGGGGCCUACUGCGGUCGGAUAGGUUGCUAUGGCCGUCACUGCAAAAUAGCGGCGUAUGCUACGCCGCCGGUCGACUAGUAUUUAAAUUUUAAUAAUUUAGUAUAGUUCCGUGGUAUAGUGCCACGUAAUAGCACGCCCACACGACAAGAGAGCGUUUGAUAUGCACUCUUCAGACUUUAAAUACACAAAAUAAAGUGUACUUUCACUUUCAUAACAACUUGGAUUUGAACGGGGAUUUCCUGUGGCUGCAGCUAACAGAUCAUAUGGAGAUGACAAGAUUUGUUAUACACUUAUGAUCUAGAAAAUGAGCGCAUAUAAGAAAGUAGCCAAAGUAUUUGUUGCGUCCCGUGUUCAAAACCUCGCAAAUAUUCUAAGAACUUCCACUAGUGACAUUGUUGUGGAAGAAUGUUCGCUUUCACAGAACCCUGAGAACCCCACAGGAAUAUCUAAAGAAUUGGAGAAACAUGUUUCUGAAAUUGAAUUCCUCUUUGCUGAUCCAGAUAUCAUUGGGCAAGUGCUUGCCCAUCCAAGAAAUAAAGUGAAAUGGGCGCAGAGUACUUUUGCUGGUUUGGAUGCCUUAUUUAAAGCUAUAGACAAACUGCAUCAACUACCUGAUGUACUUAUUAGUAGACAAACUGGCGGCUUUGGACAAAAGAUGGGAGAAUAUGUUAUUGGUCAAAUUAUAGCCAGAGAAAGAAAAUUUGACAUAAUGAGAGACCUACAGAAACAGAAAAGCUUUGAUGGGAGUCAGCUAUACAGUUAUAGAUGCCUCAAUUCUUUAUCAAUAGGAAUCUUAGGUUUUGGAACAAUAGGACAAGAAGUUGUGAGACAGUGUAAGGCUAUGAACAUGAAUGUUUGGGCUGCAGUCAGAGAUGAACGUUUUGAUUCUGGUGAAAAUCUAAAUCAUUCUGUAGAUAACUUUGUACCUAUGUCUCGUCUUAAUGAGAUGUUAACAGAAGUUGAUUAUUUGGUGAAUGUUUUACCCAGUACACCCAAAACACGAGGAUUGCUAUCAGACAAACUUCACUUUUGUGAAAAAAAAAAAACAAUUUUUAUCAAUAUAGGACGAGGGGAUAUCGUGGAUGACAACAGCUUGAUAACAGCAAUCCAAAAUGGUUGGCUUGGUGGUGCUAUCCUUGAUGUAUUCAAUACAGAGCCAUUACCCAGUACCAGUGAACUGUGGAAUUUGCCCAAUGUAACUAUCUCACCACAUGUUAGCGGAAUAACAUUUGCUGUUGAGGUAUGUGGAGUUCAAUGUUUUGGUUUCAGUGACAGCUUUAUGAACAUUUUUCUUACUUUUAAUAAUGAGAUAUUUCAGAUACAUGAACUAAAUUCAGAUUAUAAUUCCUAUAGAUUACACUAAAUUAGUAACAUCUUUGAUGAUAUUGUUUCUUAGAUUAACAUUGACAACUGUUUCAUAAAUAAGCCAGAUUAAUAUAUUUUUAAUUAUUUAGAUAUGUUUUUAAAAAAAACUGGAAAUAAAAAUAAUUUUAGGCGAUCUAUGGGGCAGAUGAUGAAAAUAGGUAAUCUGUUUCUGUGACCCUGGCUAACAAUUAAGGGUGUCAUAUGGCCAAAACAACUACGAACAGCCUUUACUUUUCCCCAGUUACAUUAGAGUUUAAGUGCUUUAAAAAUCACAAAAUUUAAAACCCCAGUAUUAUUGAAUUAAAAUUUUUAAUUUGAAUUUCUAAUAAUUUUUUUUCUUUUUUUUUCUGCAGACAAUAGAGACUUUCUUACUAAAUUUAAAAUUGUAUCAAGAUGGUAAACGGUUAAUUAAUCAGGUAGAUUUAUCACAUGGCUAUUAAAGCUGGAUUUUAAAUUUGUUGUAAAAUAUUUUAAUCAGAAUUAUAAGGUAGUCAUACAGCCAUUCAUUCUUUUUCUUCUUCAUUCUCAUUUUACAUGUCGGAGGGUUCAGAUCAGUAAUCCUAUAUCUGAGAUGAAUUGCACAGUGGUUUCCAGAUCAGGCAGUUCUCCUUAUAGUUUUCAUUCUAUUGGAAGGUUUUAUGGCCAGAGUCAUGUUCGGGCCUCUUGAUAUAGUAUGCAGUUUGUAGGACAUGGUCAGCAUUCUCUGGUGAUGCUCCACAAGAGCAGGUUUCGCUCGUCCCAACUUUUAGCUUCCAGAACAUAUGUUGUCUCAUUCUGUUUUGUCUGGUUCUGAGUUGAAAAAUUAUGUGUUGGUCAUGUCAAGAUAGAUUAUAAUAGGCGUCUUUAGCUUAUAAUAGGUGUCUUUUUUCUUGUAAUUAGGAUGUCUCUAUUAUUUUUAUCAUUUCUUCUGGUUAGAAAGGGAUUUUUAUUUGUUUGUUCAUUCUUCCAUCUUUGGCUAGUAUGUCUGCUUUUUCAUUGCCGGAAAGUGUUCCGGAAUUCAUUGAACAGUUUUCUUGCUGUGGAUGUUAAGGUUUACAAGGGCUGUCCUGAGUUGCUUUAUGUAGGAAGUAUCCGAGUUUUUUAGGCUUUGAAGGACUGUUUUGUCAUUGAUCAGUAAGACACUUUGGCUGUUUGGUGUACAUGGGUAGUUUAUUAGUGUGGUAGCUGCUAGAUCCAGUGCUUGCCUCUCUGCUGUAUGGCUGUCUGAGAGAUAGCCAGUUGCAAUUGACUUUUCCAGUCUUUCUCCAUUGGGCCAUUCAAUUUGUAUUGAGAUUUUUGGAAGGAUCCAUCUGUGCAGACUCUGACCCAUUGGUUGUUGGGGGUAAUGGGUUUUUAGAAAAGAGUUCACUAAUUCCUUCAGCUCUGUUUGGUUAUGAUCGGAUAUUGUUUUACGCUUUCAAUGCAGUCUCUUUUAGGAGGGAGGGAACUCUUGUCCCAGGGAUGAAAAACGUUAUGCUGCUUUGUUGACAAUAGUGAUAUUCUCUAAGUGGUAUUUCUUUUAAAGGUUCUGUGAUUCCUGAAUGAAAUGAGUUCUUUUCAGUCUAUUUUGUGUGCCAGUCUUGUGGAUUUUAGAUUUGAGUGGAUGCCUGUCUAAGGAUUCUAUUUUGGUGAAUUGGGACAUGUUUUUUUUCUCUUCUUUCAUUCAAAGAGACUAGGGCAGCAAUUUCCUACCUAGCACUAAUGGGUGUUCUUUUUAUAGCCCCUGUUAUAAUCCUAAGGCCUAUAUUUUGUACCUUGUCUAUUUUCUGUAAGGUUGGUUUUGGCUGCUGAGCCCCAAGCUGUGGCACCGUAUUCUAGAGUGAGUCUGAUGUAAAUGGUGUAUGUCUUUUUUAGAAUGUUGUGAUUUGCUCCCCUGUCGCUGCCAGCUAAUUUUUUCAUAAGGCAUAAACUUUGGAUGCCUUUUCUUUGUAUUUUUUCAAUUUGUUUUUUUCCAAGUUAGUCUCCUGUCAUAUGUGACCCCAAGAUAUGUAGGACUGUCCUUUUUUUCCAGAGCUUCCCUAUCUAGUGUUAAUUUUAUUUUUGCUGUUUUGUUGAUAGUGAGAAGGUGUUUGUAGUCUUUUUUGGUGUUGAUGGUCAUGCCCCAGUCUUUGGACCACUCACUGAGUUUGUCGAGAGCUUCUUGUAGCCAAAAUUUUGAUGUUCCUACAUAUUCUUCAGUGCUGAUUAAGGCGAGGUCAUCUGCUUACAUGCUGCUUUUGACUUUUCUUGGAAGGUUUUGCUUAAGAUCCUCAAUGUAUAUUAGGAUUAGUGUUUGAGGACUGAACUCCUCCUUGAAGAAUGCCAUUUUUUAUGCCCACAGUGCAACUUCUUUGUCCUUGCAUGCAGACCAAAGCUUUUCAAUUGUUCAGAUAUUCUUCUAUCCAGUUGUACAUUCUGAGGGAUAUGUGAUGGUCUAUUAAUUAGAGUAAAAGGCCUUGUUCCCAAAUGUUUUUCCAAGUCAACCCAGACAAUUGUUGUUGGCUUCUUUCCUUGAAAUCCAUCUUCAAUCUCAUGUGUGAUGAAGGUGAUUUGGUUCUCUGUAGAUCUGCCUUUUCUAAAGCCAGCUUGGGCUUCAGUAAGUAGAUUGUUUGACUCAAGGAUCCAAGGGAGUCUGUUAUUGACCACUCUUUCCAUAAGUUGGUGAGGCUGAUUGGGCAGUACCUGUCUAGUUUGUUUCUUUAUUCGCCAAGCUUUAAUAUGGGGAUCAUGAUGGCUUUCUUCAAGAUGUUUGUGAUUCUGUCUGAUUUCCAGCAUUAAAGAUCUGCGAAGCAGGACGUUUUGGCGCCGCCGUUUUGGCCCCGCCGUUUUGUCGCGAAGGACGUUUUGGCGCGAGCCGUUUUGGCGACGGGACGCUUUGGCGCGAAAUACAUUAUGUACGUUUAUUGUAUUAUUUCUUUUUAAAAGAAUUAUUCAUAUCUAUGUUUUGCACGAGUGUUUGUGUUAAGACAUAUUUUUCACGUACUAAAUGUAAAUGUGUGUUUGUUUUUCACAUCAUUUUCUUUAAUAAACAUUUUGGCUUUGUGUAUGUGUGUUUAUUAGGAGGCACACUUUUAUUUUCAAAAAGGUUUUUUAAGAUAUUACUUUAAAAUUAAAAACAAAAUGAAACGAUGAUAGACUAAAAAUUGAUGCAAUUAUUUGAUCUCCAGCUCUACAUACCAAACACUUGCUAAUAAUAAGUAAAAAUAUAAUACAUCAUAUACAUGUACCAUGUUUCUCAAAAUAUUUUAAGUUAAGUAUACUUAGACACCAGGGUUAUUUGCCUAUGUCGCUGGAAUUCAAGGGUUCAUUAAAAAAAAAAAGCUAAGUGCUUAUUAAAUUAUCGUCAAAUGAUAUCUCGCGCCAAAACGUCCCGUCGCCAAAACGGCUCGCGCCAAAACGUCCCGUCGCCAAAACGGCGGCGCCAAAACGUCACGUACCGAAAGAUCUGUAGCAGUUUUUUUUUUUUGGCUUGAGGGCCUAAGUGAAGUAGCAUGUUGUUAGAGAUUUAGUCGGGGCCUGGGGCUUCUUUUUGGUUUGAGGUCCUUUAGAGCUUCAUCUAAUUCUUUCAUUUUUAGAUUUGUUAUCAUUCCUGGAGAGUAUGCUGUUUUGUUAACUUGAUUUUUAUCUUGGAUUUCUACAUGGACAUCUUUAAUUCGGCUUUCAUUGAUUGGUAUAUGACCUAGACAUUAAAAAUAUUUUAUGAAUUCAUUUGCAGCUUCUUGGCCUUUCAGAGGUUUGUUGUCAGUUGCUAGUCAUUCUUUUAAUUAUUCUACUUAUCUUUCAAAUCAGACAUUAUCCAUUUAUCUCCUGUAGAGACAAGGCCCAUGGAGGGAUUAUGUCUCCUUUAAUACAUCCCUUUUACAUUCAUCAGAGCCUAAAAUGUUUUCUAUAAUGCAUUAUUUAAUUCAAUAGAUAACUAAAGAGAAGAGCUAUACAUAUGUUAUUAUAUUGCCCAUUAAAUAAAAUACCACAUUAUGUCAUCUCUCUAAACAUUGAAAUAGUUUGAUAUAGACCAUAUCUACAAAUUUCUGUCACUGAAUGUUAAUAUUAAAAACAUAUUCUUCUGCAUUUCAUUUUCAAUAAAUAUAAAUUUUUUUUCAAAGUAA